AUGCCCUCACCCGGUAUUCCGCAUCGGCCUUCCAAUCGAGGAAGUGCAAAGAACCCCGCUUCGAAGCCCAAACGCUUGGACUUGGGCGAUCCCUUAGGGCCUUAUGACACCAACACGGUCAGGGAAAAGGUUCGAAAAUGGCAGCAGCAAGGCGGUGGUGUUGUGAUUGCUCCCGAUGUUGGGGCAAGCGACGACGGCGACGGCGACGGCGAAGGGGACAGGAGCAGUAAGGAGAGCGGACUCGCGGCCAGACAGAAACGAAAGGACAGAUCCGGUCAGGAAGGCGCUGGGAAACAGAGGAUGCGUGAGCCCGAGGAGGGCGAGAAACAGAAGAUAGCAAAUCGUACGAUCGGUACUGCACCGAAGAAACGGGUGGUGAGUGACGGACAUUGGAGAAAAGAUAGGAUCCCGGCAGAUUCGCCUUCACCUACGAAAAGGACAUCGCGAAAACACCCCGACGCGUGCAAUAGAUAUGAAGAAACCAAGGAGAAGUUUGAAAAAAGAACGGAAAAAUAUGGCAAUCCAACAUCUGGGGAUGGAAUAAAAGUCUACGCUGGACCUUUGAGAGAGCCGAAGUCGCCGGGCGCAAGGCGCUCUGAUGGCUCAGAACGAAGUAACUCUUCGACAGACCACAAGAACAAGUACCAUGGCCGCGAUACGAAGAAGUCGCCCUCGAGGCACAGAUCUACGAGAAGAGAAGUGAAGGCAAAAUACAUAGUUAACGAUUUCCCAUACAAAAGCGAUCAUUCGAAACCGAACGAGUCAAGUGAGGCUGCGAGCUUAUCUGGUAAGGAAAACCGAGCUGCAACACCUAAAACUAAGACCCCUCCUCGAUAUAUGAAAUCCACAAAAGGCGGGUUCAUCAACCAAGUCGUCGGCGAGCCAAAAAAGAAAUUCUCUAAGAAGGAUCUACCUCCCGUCCAGCAAUCCCAUGGAUCCAAGGUGGAAGCAUGGCUUUCGAGAACUAGUGAUCCCUUCGUCAGCGACCAUGAACCAUACGUGGAGAUACCAGCUCCUUUGAAGUCUUCACCCCGAAGAAGCGAUUCCGGCAAUGAAAAGGACAGUGAUCCCAAUCGGCACUCGAGGUCAGAAGGCCAUCGCAGCUCUACGAAACGCAAGUCUAGAACUUUGCGUAGACCCCAAGAACGCUUCAGCGGCACCGACGAAGAUGACCACCAGAAGGAGCCAAGCUCUACACGGAACGAUCGUACAGAAUCGUCUCCACCUAAUUUGAAGAGAUCAAAAGCUAGCAGACGACCAGAAUCCAUGGAAAACCGUCGAAUGUCAAUGCUGCACGAAUCUAUCGAGGAAGCUAUUCAAGCGUCCGCCGUCUUCGACCGUCCUGUCUCUUCGGAUGGCUCGGAAGGGUCAUCGGCAGAACGACCUCCUCCUCUAACCUUACGAAGGCUAUUCCCCGGUACCGGUAUGCACAGAUUAUCUACAAUUGUCUCAGUGGACACUCUAGGUACGGCAACAGAGCCAAGUGGGGAGCCUACAAAGAAUAUGAACAAACUGCCGGCAGCCCUAGAACAUGACGAUGUAUCCGAAUCUGAAACUAGAGACCAAUUCGACCCCAACUCCAUUCCUGGCCCUGGUGCUAGAUCUUUGAAACGCAAACUUACCACUCAUUCCGAUCUAAUGUCUGUGUUGUCCCUUCCGGCGGGUGGCAGUCGCAGUAUCAGGUCUGCGAGGAGCAUUCGUACAAAUAGAAGUCGCCUUGCCACUGCUACUGUGGGAGAUAUCAUGCGAGAACUUGCGUCAGAUGAAGGGAAGUACAUGCGAGAGCUCAGGACUCUCGUAGGUGGCGUCAUUCCCGUGCUAUUGACAUCUGUCCUAUCGAAGGCCGAUUCCGCAGUUGCUGCUGGCUUAUUCCGUCCAAGUGCCAAACCUACUGAUGAGGAUAGCUUCACGAGGCCCAUCGUGAAUAUGGGAGUCUCACUCGAAAAAUUGAAGUCAAUCCAUAAACGGAUCCCCCUAGAGGAUCCUGAAGCUCUUUUGGCCUGGGCUCAAGGAGCACAGAAGGUCUAUGCUGAUUACCUAUCGGCAUGGCGGCUUGGCUUUCAAGAUGUCGUGGUUAAUCUCGCUCCUCCAGAUCCGGAUGAGCUUUCCAAGGGCCCGAACUCGGAUGCUCAAAGCCUUUACGCUGGCAUGUCACAAGACGAAAACGGAGACGUAAUUGACGGUGAUGGGGAGCGAGUUGAUGUCGCUUAUUUGCUUAAGAGGCCCCUUGUUAGAUUAAAGUAUCUUGCAAAGACGUUUAAAGGACUGAAUUACAUACAGUCCUCUCCCAAGACCAAGGAGAUCCAGGACAAGUAUCAAUCACUUGUCACUGAUGCCCGACGCAGGGCGAAUGAAGAACGAGCAAGACUUGAAGACGAAGCCGCGAAUGCUAUUGAUACUAGCCGAGCUCGUGAUAUUCACACUUUAGCAGUCUUGAAGAAUGUCGAGGCGAAAUCAAGUCGGAGAGUCCGUGCCCGUGACUUUUUUGACCUUUCAUUCCUCCAUACGACUGGACAGCAAAUUGAUUGCCGGACUGAGCUAUUGCUGCGAGAUAAUGCAACGGAAGAUGGCCCUGGCGGAGAUUUGUUCAUAUGUGAGGUCGAUAGUGCCGGGCGUUGGCUCCUAUUUCCGCCAAUCGACCACGGUCGAGUUUCGGCCAGGAACGGGGAUAGCAAAGGCGAAAUUGUCAUAAUGGUUCGGGGAGUACCCGAAGAGGGGGGCAAUUGGUACGAACUUUUGGCUUUGAAAACAGAAGACGAACAAAUUGGUUUCGAAUGGGUCCAAAUGCUCGGCCUCAGCCCAGUCCCACCGAAGAUAAAUCGAUCAAUGAGUUUCGUUAAUCGAGCCAAGCAGAAGAAAGUACAUCCACAAAUUGAUCUUAAACGCUCUGAAUCGGUUGUGUCGACGAGGAGCAUUAUCCCAAGUCCGACUGAUAUUGGAGUCCCCAUCGGUGAAAACGCUCUGAGAUUCAAGUCCCAAAUUGAAGACGAUCGGGCUGCAAACGCUGCUCUCCAGGUCUCUCGAGAUUCGACGUCUCCGGAGUCAUCGCGCAAUGCUUCAACUGUGCAAAAAACAGCAGGGUAUGAUCCUCGGACCCCUCCAGCCCUGGACACAGUAGUACGUACCCCUCGAUGCCUUAAUGAGGCUAUGGAAAUGGCUGGAGGCGCUUCACCAACGACGUUGAAGAGAUCAAAAGCGAAGAGACGGUCCAAAUAUGGCCCGCUUUCCCCAAGUAGCCCGAUAUCCUCCGAGGAUGCGCGAACUCCUGAACAGGAUAUCAAACCGGCAAUCGCUCCCCCUGAAGCAGAACCACAAGCGAGGAAGCGUAAUUCUGAAUUGCUGGCACGAUCUGUCUCACCCGAAUUGAAAGAUUUCAGAGCGAUGAGACGUACCGAAAAGGGGCAGAGACCUAUUGCGGAGGUCACAAGGCUGGGUAGACGGUCUGUGUCUCCAGUGCCGUCGCUGGACCUACCGUCUAUACCUAGGCUCAGAAAGCGCACGCCAAUAGAAACUCCACCAUCGCCCCCUGUCCAUGCUGCUGAUAGCAGCCCGGUUUCUUCUAGGCCUAAGACUCCGAAGAAGCGCGACGAGAGUGCCGAAGAACCGUUCCUCCGAAGUGAGUCGAACGAUCACCCUAUUUAUACUGAAGAUGUUCCUGUACCCCCACCGCAUAGGUCUCCUAGCCCUUCACGCUCGAAGCAAUCUUCGCUUUCAGCAGCAACUCCUACCUUUUCACCCUGGGCCCGUCAUAGGCGGACUUCAUCUCCCUUAAAACAUGAAUACGAACCGUCUACAGCUACGGAAUCCACCGAGUCAACAACUUCAACUGUUGAACGCCAUACGAUUGAUUCUUCCUCGGAGACGUCGGAUGAAGAAUUGGAAGGCAACGACAUCGUAACACCAUUGCCACCGAUUAACGCACAGCGCGUUAAUAAAGUCUCACCUCCUCCCUCUGCACCAACUCUGCCUGAAGAGAGCUUAUCUCCGUCUAAUUCCCCGUCGCAAGCGCCCUACAAGACUGUUCCAUCCCAGCCUUCAAAGGCGUCUAAGACGAUUGCAUCUAUAUACUAUUGGCAUGAUAAGGGUUCAUGGGAAGCACUGCACACUGACGAGUGCAGCAUUGUGGUAACUCCAGGUCUUAUAGAAGCAUACGAAAUGGGCCCUGCUCACUCACAGCCCAUACCCGAAUCGAGCGAGGAUUCCCCCGAGUCAGAUAAGGGCGUUCCGCAAGGAAAGCCGCUUAUCGCCUUGGAAUUGACGCCUCUUGUACCAAUACGACGAGGAACAGCACUGGAUAUCAGUAUUCGCUCACCCCCGACUUCAAAAUCUAAACUGAGAUUCUCGGGAAAUAAUAUCAUGUUCCGCUCGCGGAGCCCAGAUGAAUGCGACCAACUUUACAAUCUUAUCAACCAGUCCCGUAUUAAUAAUCCAACAUAUAUUGCUUUACAGAACGCUCGUGGCCCUUAUUCAAAUCAGCAAGCACCACUCUCGCGUUAUAACUCCACGAGGUCUUCUAAGGGAGGCGGUUGGUUUAGCUGGUACGGCGGUUCUUCAAAAAGUAGCUAUCGCGCUACCAGUGCACCCGCUCCUUCUGUUGCUGGUGUUACUGAAAGCAGUGUUGGGACAAUGGCCAGCGCAUUUUCCGCACUCAAGAGAUUCGGCGCGGGCAGCAAGAUGUUCAGCAUCGCCAAAUCGACUCUGACUUCCCGUACAGGCAGCCGUGGUGGAAGCCUCUAUUCUACAUCUACCCGGUCUGGGUCUAAUUCUUUCCCUGCAGGGCCACCCAACGGUAAAGGACAAGAACAGUCUAAGCUUGCAGCGGGUGGAAUUGGUCUUACAAAUGCAAAAAUCAGACUUUACUGCCGCGAGUCGGCGUCGAAAUGGCGCGACAUGGGUGCUGCAAGAUUGACCAUCCUUCCUGCCUCGCCAGCUGCGUCGCCACCCGGAACAUCUUAUAAGAGUGCUCGGGAUUCCUCUGGUGCUCUUGAGAAUGAAACUGGCGCAGACGGGGCGACAGCAACAUCUCCUCCAGCUUCUGCUGCUCUACAUACCGCUACCCUACCGUCUCGUCAGCAUGAGAAGCGUAUACUUAUCCACGGGAAAGCUUACGGGCAGGUGCUUCUCGAUGUGUGUCUAGGAGAGAGUUGCUUUGAGCGGGUGGCUAGAACUGGCAUUGCUGUGUCUGUAUGGGAAGACUUUCAGGGUGUUGCGAAAGAAGGAGGAGUUGUGGGAGGUAGCUUUAAGAUUUAUAUGAUUCAGAUGAAGAGCGAGGCGGAGACUGCGUAUACGUUCGGACUGGUGGGUAAAUUGAGGUAUUAAAUUGCUCCUGCUUAGUUACAUGGCUGGAUUUUCAUUUCUAGCUCUUCCUGCUUCUUUUUCCCCCCUCUUUUCCUUUUUUUUUUUUUUUUUAAAAAAAAAAAAGGGUUGCAGCCAGUUGCUUUUGACUUUUAUUCAUGCCUAAUGAUCCCAUGACCUGUUAACGCGUUAUAUAUCCCUUUGAUUUGCUUUAUUGGCAUUGAUACCCUUGUCCUACACGAUGGUCACAAUAUCAAGUAUAGACGUUGGCA